AUGGAAAACGGCAUCCAGGCAUUUGAGCACCAAGAAUGGGUUUCCCAGCGACGAGUCCCGCACACCAUCACCAUCGUCGACGCGGACCCCUCCUGGCCGUGCACCUUUGCCCAGCUCGCCAGCUCCAUCCGCGCCGCACUGCCCGCCCCGACCAUCAUCGGGCUGCACCACGUCGGCUCGACAGCCGUGCCGCAGCUCGCCGCCAAGCCCGUCAUCGACAUUGACCUGCUCGUGGCCGACCCCGGCAACGAGGCCAGCUAUGUGCCGGCGCUCGAGGCCGCCGGGUACCACUUGCUGUUCCGCCAGCCGCCGUGGUACGAGCACCGGCUGCUCGCGCUGUACGCGCCCGUCUUGGUCAACCUGCACGUGUACGGCCCGGGCGCGCUGGGGCGCGAGUCGCGCCGGCACCGCGCGCUGCGCGACUGGCUGCGCGCGUGUCCGGGGGAUAGGGCGCUGUAUGAGCGCGUGAAGCGCGAGGCGUCGCGCAGGGCUGCGGAGAAGGGGGAGGGCGUCGCGGCGUAUACAGAGUAUAAGGGGGAUGUCAUCAGGGAGAUUAUGGAGCGGGCCACGGCGGAUGCAGCCAGGCAAGAGGCGGCUGGGUCCUGA